GCUGGCAGCAAGUUUCAGUUUCGGUCGAAAGCCAAAGGCGAGCGGUUGUUGCUCCGCUAUUGAACAUCACAAAGUGUGCGCACCUCAGCGACAUUUGCGUUAAAAGCCCAGUUGGGCCAAGAAAACAUUUACCAACGCAAGAGCAAUCGAAAGCGGAGUUCAAGAACUUGUCAAGUUUAUGAAAUAAGUGCGAGCAGCUACCAAGAAUUAACUGAAGAAGUGCUAAAACUCGCGUCACCCAUACAUACAUAGCUGUUUGUUUUUUUUCGGUGCAAAGUGCAGGUGCAGCAGCGGAGUCGUCGGCUAACCACACAUGACCACAAUGCCACCGGAAAUGUCCGCAACAACGGCAGCUCCCGUUGGCAGUGCACCGAGUGCCACCGCUCAUCAUCCCGCUGCCGUCGGCGGCGGUAUGCCGCGUCCAGCUUCCCCGGCCGUCGGCAGCAACACGACGACAGCCACGGCCACAACGGCGACGCGAUCCCGCUUCAUGAUCACCGAUAUUCUGGCAGGAGCCGCGGCCGCAUCGGCGGCGGCAGCAGCAGCGGCGGCCGCCCUGGCAGCCGCCUCUUCCGGCGGUGGGCGGGGCAGUCCGACGGACUCGGAGCGGGAGCAAUCGCUGGUCGCCCAGCAUCACCACCAUCACCAGCAGCAGCAGCAACACCAUCAUCACCAGCAGCAGCAGCAACAUCAGCAGGCUGCCCUGCAACAGUACAUCGUGCAACAGCAGCAGUUGCUGCGCUUUGAACGGGAAAGGGAGAGGGAGCGGGAGCGGGAACACUAUAGGGAAAGGCAUUCGCCACCUGGCAACAAUCCCUAUGCCCACCACCCGAUGCCGCCCCACCUGCUCGCCCACUUUCCGCCCGCCCACUACGCCGUGCUGCAGCAGCAGCAGCAACAGCAACAGCAGCAACAGCAACAUCCCCACCCGCAUCACCUGCAGCUGGAGAGGGAACGAUUGGAGGCACUGCAUCGGCAUGGCCAUGGGCUGCCCGGCGAUCCUGCCCAGCACUUGAGCCACUUAAGCCACCUGAGCCACCAGCAGCACCAUCCGCAUCUGCAUCAUCCCAUGCACGAUGAGCGAUCCCGGUCACCGCUGAUGCUGCAACAAUUGGGCGGAGUCGGUGGCAAUAACAACAACAAUAACAACAACAGCAGCAGUGCCAGUAACAACAAUAACAACAACAGUGCUAGUGCCAACAGCAACAUCAUCAGCGGAAACAGCAGCAGCAGCAACAACAACAAUGGCAGUGGCAAUGGCAACAUGUUGCUCGGUGGAGCCGGCAGCAGCAUCAGCGGCGAUCAAGCCAGCACAAUCGACGACAGCGACAGCGAUGAUUGCGGUGGCAAGGACGACGAUGGCGAUGACAGUAUGAAAAACGGCAGCUCUGCGAACGGCGACUCCUCAUCGCAUUUAAGCCUGAGCCUCAGCAAGAAGCAGCGCAAGGCGCGCACCGCCUUCACGGAUCACCAGCUGCAGACGCUGGAGAAGUCCUUUGAGCGGCAGAAGUACCUCAGCGUGCAGGAUCGCAUGGAGCUGGCCAACAAGCUGGAGCUGAGCGACUGCCAGGUGAAGACGUGGUACCAGAAUCGCAGAACCAAAUGGAAGCGUCAAACAGCGGUUGGCUUGGAACUGCUGGCCGAGGCGGGCAACUAUGCGGCCUUUCAGCGGCUGUACGGCGGUGCCACGCCCUAUUUGAGCGCCUGGCCAUACGCGGCCGCCGCUGCUGCCCAAUCGCCCCACGGGGCCACGCCCUCCGCGAUCGAUAUCUAUUACCGCCAGGCAGCCGCUGCAGCAGCCAUGCAAAAGCCCUCGCUCCCCACUUCGUACCGCAUGUAUCCAUCAAGUAUACCGCCGGGUAUGGCGCUACCGGGCAUGCCCGCUCCCCCGCCACCUGGCGCAGCACCCAUGCUCAGCGGCUACUAUGCCGCUGCAGCGGCAGCGGCCGCAUCAGCCGGUGCCCAACAGCAGCAGCAACAGCCGCCAGCAGCGUCCCGCUCCCCAGCGACCAGCCAGAGCGCCAAUAGCGAAGCAGACUGCGAGCGGACCAGCAGCAGCAGUCGCCAGCGCCUGAUCACGCCCAGUCCGCCCCUAAAUCCGGGUAGCCCGCCGCAUCGGGAGCGCAUCAACGAGGAGGAGGACAGGGAGCGGGACGAGGAGCGAGACAUCGAGCGGGAGCGCGAAAGGGAACGAGAGCGGGACGAGGAUGAUGAGGAGGAACUGGCCCUGGAGGUCUGAGAAUCUCCGGGAGAAUUCAUCCCUCCUCAUAGUUCGAUCUCACAAAAAUGUCUAAAGAAAUAAGCAAGUGGGUGGUGUGUAUUUGAGAACUAUGAAAUAUGGUGAACAUCUUUUCGAUAAAAUUUGGAACACAUUUUUUUUUUAAUUUUAAAGUGCAACAUAAAAUUUAAAUACACAUAGACAUAGAUACGAUUUUUAAGCAUAUACAGCUGCGUUGAAGGUAAAGGUUUUAAGAUAUAUAUAUGUGGUUUCCCAAGAAUUGCAAACCUUUUUAGAUAUUAUGUCAAAACUUUUUACCACAUUCAAAAUGUCAGCAAGAGUUUUAACGACCAAUCAUAAAUUCAUUACUUGCGAAAAGUUCCAAUAUAGUUACCACUAUUUUUGACACAGCUGUAGAUAAGACGUGCUUGCUAAAAAACAUUAAAAAUCAUGUCCGUACUGCCACUAAAACUGUAUUUCAAAAUAUGUUUGUGGUAAACUAAAUAAAAUUUGUAUAAAUUCCACGAAAAGAUUAACAUAGAAUUACCCAACAAGUAACAGUAUUAGACACUCCCCAUGUUCAUCUGUUUCCAAGAAUAACCCCUCAGUAAUUGUGAACAAAAAAUAAACCUAUAUAUAAAUCUUUUUUUUUUCUAUAUUUAAUUAAACCUAGCUAUAGAUGCAAUUUUGUAAAUUUUUGUAAAUGAUUUUUGUACAUACGCAGCAGAUCAACAACAUAAGCAACACGAUUUUUUCCAAACAAUAUAGUAUUUUUUUUACAACUUUUUUUUGUGCCUAGUCCUAAGACGUCUAUUGUGUGUAGUAAUAAUAAAACGAAGAAAAAAAGAGCAAUCCA